GAUCAUGUGAAGACUCUUUAGGAACAUUGGCCUCUGGAUCGAGUGAGAGGUUGUGGCGUGAUAGUGAUCCUGGGAACAGGAAGAUUGCAAUUAGAAUGCGGGGUAACGCGUCGGUUACCAGCACCACCAUUUGCAUUACAGACGGAGAGCAUCAUUCGUGAUGAGUAUCAUGCUUUGCAACGCAGAGUCACGUACCAGUAUCAGGGCUUGUUUGGAGUACACUUAGAGUAUAUAUACUUUGAGAAUGGUGUAAACCUGCCAGGCCGUGGCAAUGCAGUGUGGGAAGGCAUGAUCAUCGAGGAUGCUGAUGACUUGUUUCCUGAUAAAAAGCGAAGGAGAUUGUUGAAGGAGAGAAGAAGAAUGGGGAUGUAAUCUACAAGCACAGCUUCUUGUAAAUUCACUUUCUUUUUCCUCCUGGAAGACAAAUGAAUUCAUGUGAGAGAACAUUUUUGUCUUCACACCAACAUGCCAUCGCUAUUAUAAGGGGUUGUCAUGGCAACAUUCUUCAGCGAAGUGAAAUCUAAGAAAAAAUUUGCUUGACUAAUAUGUGAUAUAUGUAAGAUGAUAUUUAGGAGACGGCAAAAGAAUCAAAAUAUGGAAUUAGACAGCUGACUUGACAGCAGAGACUGAUAAACUGAUGUUUUAUUUGAGACUGAUAAAAAUAGGAUUUAUCAAAUUUUAUGUAAUAAAGCCUCAGUAUGAGAUGAAACAUUUUUAUUGAGGUUAUUAGCAAGUUGUGACCUAGUGCUACAUGAUGGAAUCAUGAGAUGACAGCAUCCUCAUCCCUUGCAAUGACUUAAUAGCACACUCAGCAUUGCUGUCGUCACACGUCCUAAUAGCGUGCCAAGUUUUAUCAACUGGCAAGCACACAUACACCACUCAGUCAGUCAGAUAGCGAGCGUGAAUCAAAGUGGGCAGUGUGCAACUCACAGAGACACAAGCGUCGCACGGAUGCUAUUCUCCUUCAUGUGCGUUCAAAGGCAGGCGUCUUGAAGGAAGCAUUGGUUGCCAUCGACAACGACGUUCAUCAUCUUCCCGCGAACCCUGGGGGUGAUAUGGAUGACAUGUGAUAGCUGAGAGCCAGGCCACAUGAAGCUAUUUGAACUUGAUUUCAGCAUCAUGCGUGAACCUUGUGCUUCUCAGCUAGCCUUUCAUUCCCUCAGUUGAUUACUACUGGUUGGAUAUAAAGACAUUUUAUCACUGGCCUCUGGGUGAUAAGAUUCCAACCUCAGACUAUCUUCGCCUUGCCAAGAGAAUGACACCAACGUCAAGAAUGUCUACCGUUCCCAUGGAAACCACAUUAUCUGCUGAAUCAGUUGUUGUAUAUACUCCUGUGAUGGAGAAGACAACGGAUGGUGGAGCCGCUAAUGACGGGAACCCCAACGGUCAAUCAGACCCGACUGCUAUCUCAGUAGCAGCAUCAGCAGCCAGUUUAAUCCUGGUCCUUGUAGCCAUCGUCAUCUGGUACUUUCUUGUCAGAAGGCAAUUGCUUUCAAAAACCAAAAGUCACCAGCGACUUGGGAGCCACAAAAGCCACCGUAGCAACCAAGGAAGCCGACAAAGCAGUUUCCACGAUGGUCACCAUGACAAUGUAUCGUCACAUAAAAACCACCAUGGAAGCAAGCAUUCACCCAAAUCCCACAGAUCCAGCAGCUCCCCCAAAUCACAUCACCGUCACUCGGGUUGCCAUGACAGCAAGGAGGUCUGCACUUGCCGCAAGUCGUACGACUCUCCCCUGGCUGGACGACGAUCACCCAAGGGCAACUCCAUCUCAGAGUGUACAGGGAAUUCUCCGUUCUGUCCUCAUUCCAUGCGGUUCCAGCACCCAAAUCACCGGAAAGGUAGAGACUCUGUGCAAUCUGAGCUCAGCGAUGGAGGAUGCUCUCCUGUGGAAGCUAUCUGCACAUGUGACCUUCCUCAAGGUCACACGAAGGUCAUAACGGGGGCGGACUUUACAGUGGUGGAGCUAGAGGCUCAUAACAAGAGACACAUGAACUCCGGAGAGCCUUUAAACAAUGGUCAUCUCCCCUGUACGGAGAUGAAAGACAUACCUUCAACAAGUGCAUCUACCCAUCAACCCCCAUCAUCUGCACCCCAAUGCACCUGUCCUCACCCCCUGCCCCCGGCAGUAGCACCCACACCAGAUAGCCCUCACGUGGGGGCUAGUCAUCGGAAGGUUGCCAAUGUUAGGAGCGACCCGGGGGUCAUAGGCCAGAAGGGUGAUGGUGAGAUGGUAUGAUCACAGUAUUGCAAACUAAAUUGCAAGGAAUAAUAAUUGAUUGAUUUAUAGUUGUACUUUGAUCACAGUGUAAGUAAAUGAUCAAUAUUUUUACUGUUGAAGCAUUCCAAUGGAUGUAUCUUUCUACAUACAUGAACAUUAUAAUGUAAAAUUAAUCAAUUUGAUUUUCUUAAAAAAAAUUAUUAUUUUACUUAUGCCUUUUGCUCAGAAGGAAUUAAUGGAUAUAUAAACUUAAAAGUCAUAAAAUAGCCUUAAAAAGAGACAUACUGCAGCUUUUUGACACAUGCACUCAUCAGAGUAAAAUCGCAUGAAUGACUAGAUUGCUAGAGCGAAACGAUAUUAUAGAACCAAAAGAGACAAUGGACGCUGAACGGUGAGCUGUAAUUGGCUGUCAAGGUAAACAAUUAGGCUUAGUACCAGCCGUGAAUUGAAGCAAAGCACCUAAAAUAACGCAAGGGUUCUUACAAACUCCUGGCGGCGGCGCAGAAUCGGGUCUGUUAGCUGGAUAUACGCUACCUCAAGCAUGCGCAAGUGAGUGAAACUCCUUGCACGGCUGAGCACCUUAAACCAAGAAGAACAGUAUUGUUCAGUGUUGCCCAAUAAGUGAUUAGCAAUGGCCGAAUUACUACCACCAUCCGUUGCUAGUACUGCGGCGGAUGGUGGUAUGUCCGUUUUAAGGCUAUUUUAUAAUUUUGUGGUACCAAACACUUAUUUAUAAACUUAAAAGUAUUAUUGUAUUAUAAUCUUAAUACCUUUAUAUUUGUUGUUUAAAUAAAGAUCUA